AUGUUUGCCACUGGGAAUGGCAUCGACGAGGUUGUCACCACUGCUGCUGAAGUACCAUCGACUUUUGACGCUCAAUUUUGGGAUGUCAUUGCCGUUGAAGGCAAGGAAAACGUAUACACCAUCGUUCAGCGCACAUAUAGGAGUGCUCCUGGGGGAAGCUGGUCCCUGCAGGAAAAUUCUGCUGUUUACCCAGUCCCCGUCAUCACUUCACAAGGGUCUGCCGAAUGGCGCAUCUUUCCAUCCGAGGAGAAUUCUGACGCAUUCACCUCAUUGCGAUUUUUAAGCAUUCAACUAGUCACCACGGCACUUGGUGUGGACCGUUAUGUUGGAACUAAUGAUGCCAACCAAGUUGUCGUUAUCAGCAUUCCCGUUGUCGCUCAUCCGGAACAGGACAUACCCCAAUGGAAAUUUUUAGGUGGUCAAAUUCGAUGA